GUCCUUCAUGCUGUCUCCAGCUUUUUUGUUGAUUGCGAAACGUACUGCGCCCCUAUAGGUGGCCAGAAACAAUUUCUGAAAUCUCCAAAUCCAAAUCCAAAAAUCGUCUUUGUGACUCUGAAAAUGUAGUUCGUCGUUAGCAUCACGACCAGCAUAAUCAUGAUCUAAGUUCUUCCUCCUUCCUUUGUGUCUGUGAAUGCAGUAUUACUCCUUAAGGCGGUCUGCACUGAACUUUGUGCGAGAUUAAUUGUAUUGUAUUGGUUAUUAAGGCCAUAUUAAGUGUGUUAGACCUCCCAACGAACAUGACCUUGACCUUGACCAUCACCUCCGCAGCUGCUCGAUGGGAGUCGUGACGUGACUCCACUUUCGUCACUGCGGUCUGCGCCUGCCCGUUCCAAGAACGAGUCUAUCGACACGACCACCCCUUGUUCCCGCAUUUUCUGCAACAACUCCACGUUGAGCAGGCUUAUUGCAAAAAAUGCAAUAGAGCGAGGGGACUCGUCCGCAAAUAAAGCAAGGACUAAUUUGCUAGAAGAAAGCGAGUAAACGCUUAGUAAAGGAGAGUCAACAGGUGAAGCAGAAGCACUUCUUCUAGAAGGACACUAUUAGAGUUUUGAAGCCCACCUGGUAGUUGUUGUUCUCUCUACUUACCAUUUUUGAAGCUCCUCGUCCUCCUGCUUCUGCUCUCCCACAACCACCGAAAUGGCGACCGAAAAGAAGUUUCUUUCGUCCUGUUCCAUGGUGAACCAGGACAAGCAGAAGGAGUUUGAAGCAGAGGUCUUGCGUUUCCGAAAAAGCGCUGAACAGUGUCUAGAGAACAGAAACAAAGUCCUUCCAAGAAUAAUGGAGUACUUCGAAGCCUACACGGACAAAUACAGAAUAACGAUCCUGGCUCCAAUUGCGUUGCCACCAGAUUACUACCAUGGAUUCGUAGAGAGGAAUCCGAUCACCGGCGCACUGGUACUCUUUCUUACCUCCAGGAUCGCUCAGUUUUGCAUGUAUGCUACGGACUUUUUGUUUAAUAUUUCGAUAUCAGGGUUGCUUGGUCAUUUGAUGCAUUCAUCUUUAUUGAUGUUCUCCUUCAUCUCCACCAUUCAUCUUUAUUGAUGUUCUCCUUCAUCUCCACCAUUCGUCUUUAUUGAUGUUCUCCUUCGUCUUCUAUACCAAGUCCAAAAGAAUGGUUCUCACAGUUGUCUCACCACAACUGCACAUCACGAGGUCCUAGCCGGAGUCGAGAAGCAGUUUGAUUUCUGGUUCGUCGACUUGUUCGAUAGAGAUGUCGUCUGCGACAACCCAGAGAACCUAGAAAAGGACCCUUUCCUCUUCAAAGCUACAGUGCUGCCUAUGCGGACAUGGAUCAUGCAGAGACUGGUUCAGCAGUUGGAGGCCGCUCGACAAGGUUACAGCUCAGUUUUGGGGGUGACUUUCAACGACGACAAAGUAGUGCAUGCGACGGUGCGUGAUGACUGUGCGGCUUUAGCAUUGGGUCAAGCAGUGCAAAUGGGACACACAUACAACAGUCCGUUUCAGGCUUUGGUAUUAACAUACUCUCAUGUGUCCAUUGCAAUUAUAUCAAGCUAGAAAGACCACCUACUAGACGUUUCCAAGUUGAAUUUCAGCUCGAACAAGCAUAGAUGAACAUGAAGCCAAGAUUCGCUAAUCAACCUCUGCCUCUACCACAUGUCCCCAAUGUUGCGCCCUCAACAAACCACCCAACGACAAACAGAUGUACAUCACAUUCGUAUGCGCUUUCUCGAAGAGUCUGGGAUUGAUCAUCUACACAUGCUUUAUCUCGUGUAUUUCGCUGUACGUUGCGCAAGCAUUUUCAGUGCCGGUGCUCUUCCGAUUCACGAGAGUGGUCGACAUUCUGCUGCGCUCAGUGUACCUAUUUUUCUUUGUCAAAUAAAACAUGAUGGCUUGUUGUUUGUUUUAGCAAAGGCAUUCAUCCAUUUUGUUUUCUUCAGAUGCUUGUCAACGAAGACGAACUGUAUUCAGCAGCAUGGAGGUGUCACUACAACAUCAAACAUCCUAACUUAUCAUGUUACCCACUAUCCUCUACUACAACAGCUACGUCAUCCUCCUCUUCACCGCGGUCGCUGAAGUCGGUCUCUCCUCUCUAGGAGAUGCACUUGGUGUGCUGGCGAUUCUAGCAGUGUUCUGUAUGAUGUUGUUCGAUAUGCUUAGGGGUGAUCUCGGAACGUGGAUGACCUACUCCACAGAGACGAAGUACGAAAUCCUGAAACAGCUAGGAGACCGAGUGUGGAUCUGUCACUUGGUGCCAGCGAGGCAGAAGCGAGAUAACGGACCGAAGGGAGCGGCAAAGUACUUACACAAUGAAUUUCAAGUCAAACAAGUCCUUCCAUCCGGUUACAAGAACCGCUUUAGUUCUAGUACAUUUUAAACGAUCAUGGCAUCCGAUACCUAUCGCGAGAAACCUGUUCUAAUCAACAGUAGAAUUUUCAACCGCCACCACCACCACCACCACCAGCACUAUCUUGACAAGGUACUCGAGCUCACAACCUGGCAUGAUGUCGAAAACGAUGAAAGCGGGAAUGACGAUGUUCGAUAGCGAUGCGGAUGACAGGCCACUUUCAAACUUAGUCACUGGAGAACUUCCGCCAGGGAUUAAUGAGGAACAGGUAAAUUCUAUCCAUUUUUGAGAUUUGAACCAUCAACAACAAAGAAAUGAUGGGACCUUCACGACGUUCACCCCUUAAAAUAAUGAUCGCGCUCCAGGCUCUCCUCAUCGUGGAUGUCAACGGUAUGCUCUGCCAAUUGACACCGUUAGACGCCAGAACAGUCGACUACGUGGAGAACGUGCGCAGAGCCAUUGAGGGGCGACCAGAGAAGCAUUCGGAUAUCACACUCUAUAAGAGAACUUACCGUAGGCCAGCGCCAGCAAUGAUACCUGACACAUCGAUGCCAGCACGUCAGGACGACGGCGAACCAGUGGAUGCUGCAGCAGCAGUCAGACAGCACAUGGAGAAGAAAAAGUUACGGGAUGAGUUUGUUGAUUUUUUAGUCGCACUUGGACGGAGUUGGACUUCUCUUAGACAUUCUGGACAAAGCUAGCUACUUCUAGUGACAAUGAAGGCUUUAUUGUGAAUGGACCCACACCCAAUGUUCGACAUGGUCAACAUGAACUUGUCUCCCUCUCCUGACACCUCUAACAAUCGCAGGCCAGAAAGUGGAUUUCGUGAAGGAGGGCGCACACAGCACUGAAGACGUGGCAUCAGGCAGAGCUUCUCCUUCUUCGUCACGAGAAGACGGAGAUGAAGAUUUGACCUCUAGUAUAGGAGACUCAGCAGCGGGUCAUCUCUCGACACCAACCUCAUCUAGAGGCGCGAGUUUAGAAGAGCUUGAAUUUAGCGUCUUCGAAGACGAAAGUGAUCUACAAGAGUUCAGAGCCGAGGCAGAAGCCAGUACUAUAGUUGAGUCAAGCAAAGGUAGUGGUUGUGGUAGUCGUGUCGACGAUGAAGUCAAGGAUCAAGAAGAGGAAGAUGACGAGUUUGAAGGCGAAGAAGAGGAGAUGGACGAAAUGGAGCCAAUAGAUAGUGCAGAUAUCGAUGACUUCUAUUUGAAGCACCAACUAGCGAGUCUUGAAGGCGGAUCGUCUUCUAGUAGCAGUAGUAGUGGGAAUCCGGACGGGUUGUGGCAGGAUGGUGUUGUUGUGGCAGAGCAAGUAGACGCCACAGCAGGAGGGAUACUUUUAGAAGGACAGCACAAAGCCCCGAAUGGAAAUGGUGGUGGUGGCGGGACGAAAGGUAAAUUUUUUAGAGGUCAGACGGAUAAUCUAGGACAAACUGACGACGUUCUUGUCUAAAUAGAAACAUAUCGUUUGUCGAUUUUGCAUGUUUUUUCAUCCACGACUAGCUUGUUGUAAUGAAAGCACGACUUAUUUCACUUCAAGUUUCCAACUAUCAAAAUUAGAAAUGUCUUCAACUCACUAAUGUAGGCGGCGGCGGUAAGCGUGGCGGCAAGAGCGUGGUCGACGUCGUUCCAAGCCGGAAGAAAAAGAAGGGAGUUUACGGGGAUGGACAGCUUCCUGACGUGACCCUUUGUGGCUUACGCCACGAAAUCCUAGCCGAGGAUGACGCAGCACCGGUCUCCAACUCACUGAAGUCCAUGGACGACGGCAGCAACCUAUGGCGCGUGGCUGCGAAGAGGAGGAAAGUUUCGCUAGCGCCACCUUACGAACCGAUGAUGCUGUCGAUCGUGAAUAUACCAAUCUACAAUCGGAACUACCCGAGUCAAGUGCAUAAGGAGACGCUGUUUAGACUGCAAGCGAAGAGCAGGAAGAGCCAAGCAGAACCGCCACCUGAAUAGUUGGCUUGUACUUCUUAUUAAGUUCUUUUGAUCUUGAAGAUUGACGUUAAAUAUUGUUACAAGAUGUAACUUCUGGAAGAAGUGAGAAUUGAUAUUGAUGGAAAGUUACCGUUUCGUUGAACAGAAAGAAAAAUUAUGAAACCAAGCAAUAGCUAGCUAGACCUAGAGCUACCAAGAUUAUUCGUGAACAGUCGGCGUACGCGCAGUGAAAUGAUAGUGUGAACGUUAAUGCACAUUUGCGAGAAUACAGCCUAGAAAAUAAGAAUAAUUCACCGAACUAGAAAUGAAUUCGAAAAACAUGAUUAUAUAUAGUACCAUUAGCGUUAGUACCACGUGUCAUAAGUAGAUCUUGCCCUUAUUGAGAAUCCCUUAUUGAGAAUAUAGAUGCCCCAAUAUCAUGUACGAUAUCGAAGAUAUUAACAAACAAGCCUUGAACUUGAAGACAGGAAAGGGUACUAUCUCUGAACAGAUGAAUCACCAGAAUCGAAAACCACUCCAUUUCAAUUGAACAUCGCAAAAAAAGUUGCCUUUAAGAUUCGUGGAAUAGGAAUACCUAUGAAUCUGAUACAUCAAAAGAGAACACGAAGUACAAGUAGAAGUUGCAAAAAGUCUACUUCAAUGAACAGUAUGUGUCUGCAUAAAGUCGAUGAAAUAUCAAAAUCCUUUUCCAAGAAAGGAUAAAGGCAAAUUUUUACAACUAGAAACUCUACCUCCACCUCCGUUAUGGUUGAAAGAAGAUGUGGUGAAAUUAAUAACGCACAAGCACGAUAACCUCGUGUGGACGUGGGGACCCUUCCCACACCUAGUGGGAAAGCGAUCGCAGAACUCAAUUGACCCAUGAAUUCAACACUAAUGCUCGUCCGCAACUAGAGCAAGAAUCAAUCUGACGACCGUGUAAGUACCUGUAGCUGCGGCUUUCGCCGACAUCAACAA